GGGGAACGCGGUCCGGCACGUUUCGGGCCUUUUGUUCCUUUCCUCCCACAAGUCCGCUAAGUUCUAAUGCAGUUGAGACUCGCCGUGGUGAGCGCUUUAUUGCUCACCAUUCAAGGAGUUGAUGCGGUCUCCUCACAAAGGGUGGCAUCAGCAGGGUCCAAAUCUGGAACCGGCAACCCAUGGUUUUCCUUGCUGACCAAAAGCUGGGCGUUGGCAGGGGAAUCUGAGCCUGACCAAACCAAAGGACUGGAUGAUCUCGCCAAAAAUAUUGUUGAGUUGGCCAAAUCUGGAGCGCCAGAUGAGACCAUGGUAAAUGCCGUUGAGAGCAUCCGUGCUAUUGUGCACGAUAUGAAGGCUGCAGUCAAUGACAGCCACGCGCUGGCACAGCAGCAAAUCAACCAGAAGGCGAAGGCGGUAGCGAGUUGCCAGGUGCCGCCCCACACAGAUUCUGACUACUUGGACAGGGCCAUCAUCCACGGAGAGAAUUCGAUCGAAAACGUGAUGACCUGCAGAGCAGAAGAGGUACCGCCAUACGAUGCAUGGAAAGCUUGCGAAGCCGAGAAGGCACGGUGCAGCAACACCACCGAGUGCUGCGCUGCUCUCGUGCAGCCAAACAAGUACUGUUUGAACCCAGGGACUGCACCUUCGCCAUUGCCUUUCGAAGCCACUUGUGAAGGAACGUCCAGGUGCAAAGAUGAGGACGUUACUACCAAGCUGGCCUUCUUCAAGGAAAAGUUGGCAGAGUUGGAUGCGGCAGAGAAGGCUUGUGAGGAUUCUCGGAAAGGUUGCAAAGAGUCUUAUGACUGCGAAUCGUUGAAGACGAUUUGGGAGACCCAGCGGACCUGGUGCAAUCGCAAUCACACGAACUUCGAGCAGGGCUAUUGUGACCUCGCUACAUCUCUGGAGGCAAAGUGGGACUCCUACUACCACUGCUAUGAUACCAAUUUCAAUGCUCUCUAUGAGGAAGAGUACACUCAGAUGGCCCAGUUGCCAGGCCGUGAGCAGGAGUGGCGCGCACUUCUCCGAAUCGACAGUUUGUUGGGUGCACUGACAUCUUCAGAUGCUACAAAAGCUCUCCAGGCCUGUAUAGACAAGAAAUACACGCAUGAAGACUGGGCUCAUUUGGAGCUCAUGUAUCCAACAUACGACGCCAGCUUUACUCCCAGGGCACACUGCACAGAGGAGUUGCAGGAGCCUGGCACCUCGAUUUUUUCUCAGACGUGGUACAGCUCGAAGUCCCGUGACUAUGGUGCUCACGCCUUCUUGUUGAUCCCAAAGUCCUUGAGCACAUAUGGCUGUGUGUCUGGCAUCAGCUCUCACUACUGUCCUCGGGUAUCGGACGCUACAGCGCUUCUGACUGUGUCCAAGAAGGUGUCGCCUGGCCACCGAUCGAAGGCAAAGCACGUACAGCACCCCGCAACUCGUCCAACUCGUCUAUGACAAGUGCGGUAGCUGCAAGGGCUGCAAGAGCUGCAAGAGCUGCAAGAGCUGCAAGAGCUGCAAGAGCUGCAAGACUAGAUGCUUCUUUUCACACAUGCUGUCAGACAAAUCGGGCAUUUACUUGCACAAAUUUGCACAAGUCGAGUAUCAUGGUGUUGCAAUCUAGGUCCGUGCAAAGACGCACUGAGAGGCUGAAAAUCUGAACGCAAGAGGACCCUGCUAAGUUAGUUGUGCAACUCUUUGGUCGAUGCACGUGGAUGCAGCAGAGUCGAUCGUUUGAGUGUUGGUGCGAAGAAUGCACCUGGUGAAACUGUCAAAGAUGGACUUAUCACAGUUUUACCAGGCGAAGCAGGAGUCUUGAAAGCCACGAAGUCUAGGAAGCUUUCACAGCUUUUGGAGCUGAGCAGAGCGAGAACCAAAA